AUGGAUCCAAGUGUGGGCUGUGUGAAUCAACUUGGAGGGGUCUUUGUUAAUGGGCGCCCCUUGCCCACCUGCAAGCGAAAGAAGAUCAUAGAGAUGGCAACUGGUGGUAUCAGGGCAUGUGACAUCUCCAGGAUUUUACAGGUCUCCAACGGCUGUGUGAGUAAGAUUCUGGGCCGAUUUUACCAGACAGGGUCUGUUGGUCCAAAAGUUAUUGGUGGGAGUAAACCACGGCUGUCGACCCCUGAGGUGGUGGCUAAGAUUGCUCAGUUUAAAUGGAACAACCCAUCAAUGUUUGCCUGGGAAAUCCGUGGGAAGCUACUGUCAGAGGGAAUUUGCACCAGGGACAAAAUUCCGAGUGUUUCUUCUAUUAAUCGAGUCCUGCGGAACCUACACUCUGACCUGCAAAUCUCUGCAUCUGAGAACACACCAAGAAACCAAUGGACAGGAGACUGUGGAGAGCAGGAAACAAGUGAAACUCUGAACAUCUUGCCAUCUGACUUUGUUGAGGAUGUUCAGCCAAACUGUCAGCAAAGGAACCGAACAGUUUUCACACAAGGGCAGACUGAGGAAUUAGAGAAAGAAUUCAGAAGAACACAAUAUCCAGAUGUGUUUGCGCGAGAGAAAUUGGCUUCAAAAAUAUCUCUUCCAGAGGCUAGAAUCCGGGUGCCGCGGUUCACUACCAGCUGUGCAGGAGACGGGCGAUAUGCCCCCCUUUACCUGGGAUGA